AUGGAAAACGUGCAAUACUCUACGUGGGCGGAACUCUUCAAGAUUCACGCAAGAUCUCACAAGGUUCUUGAUCACAUUAUUCCUCCGACGAAAGGGAAAAAGACGGUUCCUUCUACCAAUGAAGAAAAGGAACUAUGGUCAACCUUGGAUGCCAUGGUUCUCUCGUGGAUUUACUCUACUAUUUCUAAUGACCUCUUGCAUACCAUUAUUGAGCCUGACUCUACGGCUAUGGAAGCUUGUGAUAGGUUGCGUGAUAUAUUCCAAGACAAUGAACAUUCUCGCGUCGUUGCUCUUGAACAAGAAUUCUCCACCGUCUCUAUGGAGGAUUUCCCUAAUGCCUCUGCAUAUUGUCGACGUCUUAAAUCCCUUGCGGAUCAAUUAAAGAACGUUGGAGCAUCGGUGACGGAUAGUCGAAUAGUUUUGCAAUUGGUUGGGGGUCUUACGAAACCGUAUCGUGGAGUGGGUACGGUGAUCCGACAAAGCGAUCCCCUUCCUCCCUUUUAUAAGGCUCGGCCUAUGCUCGUCCUUGUGGAGGCAGGAUUGUCGCGAGAAGUAGCCAUCGAAUAUGCUAUGGUGGCGGCUUCAAUUGAUGAUGAUGAGAAAAUAGGUCACCAAAAAGGGAAGCAUGAUGCGCAGUCUUCUUGUUGGAAAAACACUGGCGGCCAGAAAAAUUCAGGUGGGUCCGUUGGUGGUCGAGACUCCGGCGGGAACAAGGGUGGUUUUGGACAAGGUUCGGGAGGCCACGGUGGAAACACAAACUCCCAACAGCAGCAACAACAGCUUAUGUCGUAUCCUUGGGCUUGGAAUGGUCAGGGCUGA